UUGUCUAUUAACUUGUUCAAAAAAGUAUCAGGAGUUGUCAAGGCUGAGAAGAGAGUGUUUGCAAAAGGGGGAAAGUAGUUUGCUGCCUCUUUAAGACUAGGACAGAGAAAGAAGAGGAGAGAGAAAGAAAGGGAGAGAAGUUUGAGCCCCAGGCUUAAGCCUUUCCAAAAAAUAAUAAUAACAAUCAUCCGCGGCGGCAGGAUCGGCCGGAGGAGGAGGGCAGCGCUUUUUUUGAUCCUGAUUCCAGUUUGCCUUCUCUCUUUUUUUCCCCCCAAAUUAUUCUUCGUCUGAUUUUCCUCGCGGAGCCCUGAGCUCCCGACACCCCCGCCCGCCUCCCCUCCUCUCCCCCCGCCCGCGGGCCCCCCAAAGUCCCGGCCGGGCCGAGGGUCGGCUGCCGCCGGCGGGCCGGGCCCGCGCACAGCGCCCGCAUGUACAACAUGAUGGAGACGGAGCUGAAGCCGCCGGGCCCGCAGCAAACUUCAGGGGGCGGCGGCGGCGGCGGCGGCGGCAACUCCACCGCGGCGGCGGCGGGCGGCAACCAGAAGAACAGCCCGGAUCGCGUCAAGCGGCCCAUGAACGCCUUCAUGGUGUGGUCCCGCGGGCAGCGACGCAAGAUGGCCCAGGAGAACCCCAAGAUGCACAACUCGGAGAUCAGCAAGCGCCUGGGAGCCGAGUGGAAACUUUUGUCGGAGACCGAGAAGCGGCCGUUCAUCGACGAGGCCAAGCGGCUGCGAGCGCUGCACAUGAAGGAGCACCCGGAUUAUAAAUACCGGCCCCGGCGGAAAACCAAGACGCUCAUGAAGAAGGAUAAGUACACGCUGCCCGGCGGGCUGCUGGCGCCGGGCGGCAACAGCAUGGCGAGCGGAGUCGGGGUGGGCGCCGGCCUGGGCGCGGGCGUGAACCAGCGCAUGGACAGCUACGCGCACAUGAACGGCUGGAGCAACGGUAGCUACAGCAUGAUGCAGGACCAGCUGGGCUACCCGCAGCACCCAGGCCUCAACGCGCACGGCGCCGCGCAGAUGCAGCCCAUGCACCGCUACGACGUGAGCGCCCUGCAGUACAACUCCAUGACCAGCUCGCAGACCUACAUGAACGGCUCGCCCACCUACAGCAUGUCCUAUUCGCAGCAGGGUACCCCCGGCAUGGCUCUGGGCUCCAUGGGCUCGGUGGUCAAGUCCGAGGCCAGCUCCAGCCCCCCCGUGGUUACCUCUUCCUCCCAUUCCAGGGCGCCCUGCCAGGCCGGGGACCUUCGGGACAUGAUCAGCAUGUACCUCCCCGGCGCCGAGGUGCCGGAGCCCGCCGCUCCCAGCAGACUUCACAUGUCCCAGCACUACCAGAGCGGUCCUGUGCCCGGCACGACCAUUAACGGCACACUGCCGCUCUCGCACAUGUGAGGGCUGGCUUGCGAACUGGAGGGGGCAGACAUUUUCAAAGAAAAAGCAAGGGAAAUGGGAGGGGGUGCAAAAGAGGCGAGAGUAAGAAACGGCACGGAGAAAAACGCUACAC